GAGGAAAAUCUUUGUUUCCACAGGCGUGUGGGCCAACAUCCAAAUGUCUCAAACCAGCAUGGAGGUGGUCCAAGGUAAACUGGUGCAGCUAAUAGCCUCGUACGUUGGGAACCCAGACGCUGACCUGGCCACCAGCACCAUCCUGUGGAACUUUGUGACAGACAGCACCCAGCAGGUCAUCAGCUACACCAAAGGCACCAUCAACGAGGGCAGCCUCCAGUUCAGGGGCCGCGUCGGGUUCCUGAAGAACAUGCCUUCGAGUGACGUCUCUCUGUACAUCAACAACACCAAGGAGUCCGACACCGGCCGUUAUGUGUGUCAGGUCAUCAUUCCUUCUGUUACUUCUAAUCCCGCUGAGGUCUCUCUUGUGGUGAACGUCCCUCCUGCUGUUCCCAAGUGCUCUGUGUCCGGGAAGCCGGUGCUGAAAGGGAACGUGACUCUGAUGUGCACGUCCAGUGCCGGGAAGCCUGUCCCGCUGUACAAGUGGAGGAGAACCAGUCCUACCUCCGAGGUCUUUUUUGCACCGAUGCUCAAUGAGAACACCGGGGAUCUGAAGCUGAACAACCUGAGCAGCAACAUGUCCGGGACGUACGUGUGCACAGCCAGCAACACGGCAGGAAGCGAGACCUGCUCCGUCACCCUGGACAUCAUCAACACCAAUAAGGUCGGAAUGAUUGUUGGCGCGACAGUCGGAUCGGUCCUCGGUUUCAUCUUCCUCCUCUGUGUCUGCGUCGGGUUUCUGUUUAUUUUCAAGAGAAGAAGAGACAACGAGGACGACAUGGCCAAUGAAAUCAAGGAAGACGCUCAGGCUCCGAAGCGCGUCUCCUGGGCGAAGAGCGGCAUGGGCUCUGACGUCAUCUCGAAGAACGGCACGCUGUCCUCCAUCGCCUCCAGCCCGCGCCACAAAGACAACCACCACCACCACCUGCACCAGUAUCCCCAGCACCCCGCCUCGGACACCGCCUCCAUCAUCACAGCCACGGGCAGCGCCACCGGCUACAGACCUCCCCGCCAGCAGGGGGCCUCCACUCCCACUCAUUACAGCUACAACAAUAGCAGCACGCUGCCCCACGGACAGCCCGCCUCCGCCCAGGCCGCCAACGGCAGCUCGCAGGCGGUCCAGGAGCGCUACGGCCACCUGCCCCAGGCCCAGCAGCUGCCCCAGACCUACGCCCAGCUGCAGGGGCAGUUCCAGCCCGCCCCGUCCCCGCCGCCGCUGCCCACCUCCGCCAUCACAGCCUCCAACAUCCACCGCAUGGGAGGGGUGCCCAUCAUGGUGCCUGCGCAAAACCAAGCAGGCUCGCUGGUCUAACUAGAAGUGCCGCGCCACGCAGUUGGACUGACCGGAGGCUCAGCCGGGUCUCUGGAGGGAACGCUUUGCGUUUUUAUUUUAUUUUAUUUUUUAGCAAACAGGACGAGAGGAAGACGUCACUUACUGUUACACGCUUUGAAGUCAGCAGGCUGCCAUGACAACCAUUCAAGACAUGCUUUUUACUUGCUUUGUAUUCACUCUUUAUAUUCUGUUCUCACAAAUGACGUAUAGAUAAAAUUCCCUUUUCUACUUUUUUAUUGUCAUGCCGUUC